ACGACAUUAUCACUUGCGCAAACCACUUCAUAAAGCACACAAAACCCCGCUUAUUGAACUUGAUCCCACGCGACUUACAAGAUGCCUGCGCCUGCCUCAAAUAAGCGCGUCAAGAACAAGCGCAUCAGCCGAAACCUCAUAAUUGGCUCCGAAGCCUGGCAGCUGCCUCCAGUAGGCCACCCCGACCGCCCCAAGGGCGUACCCGACGACCACACGAAGCGCUGGACCGUAUACGUGCGCGUACCCGACGGCGACCCCGACAUCCGAGCCUGGCUGAACAAAGUAUCGUUCAAAAUAUUUAACACAUACGAGAACCCUUUGCGCAUGGUAGAGAAGCCACCGUUCGAGGUGACCGAAACAGGAUGGGGAGGCUUCAACAUCGACAUAAGACUGCACUUCCAGCCCAUCUCAGGCGAGAAGGCGCAAUACCGGCAACACUUCCUGCAGCUGGAGAAGUACGGCGACGAAAAGAUGCAAGCAGAGCAAGAGCGGACAGGCUGCGUGCGCUCCGAGUUCCUCGAAGUAGUGCAGUUUAAUGAACCCACCGAAGCCCUCUUCGACGCCCUCACAUCCGAAGACCAGUGGAACUACCUCAUACCCGCCGGCAAGGGUGGCUCUAAGAAAGCCUCGCUCGGUGCGAAUGGCAGGCUCAGGCGUGGUCUGCCCAACGGCGAGCGCAGCGCACAGCUACCGGAGAAGGGAGCUGACGAGGUUCCUUUCAGCCAGGAACAAGAGCAGGCGCUGCAGGACUUCUUCAAGCAGAAGAUGGAGGACGUGGAGAGGCAGUUGGACAAGGAGGCGAAGAAGAAGGAAGAGGUAGAGGCUAAGCUCAAGGCAUUACGCGGUGAGCUGGGGCACGAGGCCGCUCAGCAGGCUGCGCAGCAGGCUAGUGGCGAUAGGAGCCGGCGCAGGUGAGGACAAGUGAUGCAAGCUCACUGCGUUGAGACCUUGAGCCGCCGAUACCACGGAUGCUUCACAUGAGUUGGCAUAAAGAAGACUGACAACAUGCAAGAAGGGUUAGGAAACGGCGGCGCUAAAGCACAACGACAUACGGUCGCGAAGCGCAGAGUAGGGACAUGGGUGCCAUCUGCUCGUCGCUUCAAUCGAGCACUGCGCGGCUCCGAACGUAUCCCGAGCCGCCGGACGACGACAAGAAUCUUUUGGGAGUCGUUGAUUAGAUGAUGCCAGGUUAUGAAUCGGACAUAUACGUAUACAGGAGGUAGCUGCUGAGGCCUUGUGCUGGCUUACCACCUGCACCGUACUGUACGUUGAUGCGAGGGGUUCAUAAUACGCCGUGUUUCGGGUAAUACUACACAAAUAAGCCGUUUGCCCCGAACACACGUACUGCCGCAAAAUGGAGUGGUGUAUUCCGUAUCAUUCUGAUCAAUG